AAACAUCUCAAGAAUGUCCUCAUUGGUCACGAUCAGCGCAAAGAACUCGCCGUCAGGCUGGGCAUAAUCCAGCCGCUGGCAGACAUCAUCACUUCCGCAACCAAGGCGACUGGAAAACAGCCGAGACAAGAAUCCAAUGGUGUGUCCUUGCACCAAAUCUCUGCAUGGACCAUAGACGAUGAGCUGCGGUUGCAGGCCAUCCUCAUCAUCGGAAGCCUUGCAUCUGGCGGCCAGGCAUUUCUGCACCCCCUCUGCGCUGCCGAUAUACCCAGAGUCCUUGUGGACGCACUCUCGACUGAUAUAGCUCCGAGAUUGGCAACUGCAGUCCUUCAAGGGCUAAAGGCCAUUGCUAGCUUCUGGGCCGCCGCAGAUGAGCCUCCGGUCGAUUAUGAUCUGUGGUUUGCGAUCUUCAAUACUGACACCCAGCACGUUUUCGAUCAUAUUCUUCGUCAGCCUACGAAUACUGCGCCUUCCAAGCAACAGCUGAGGCUAGUCUGUGAGAUCAUUUCAGCUUUACCGGACGUCUACAACGCACCAGCAGCUACCAAGGCACUCAUCACCAAUUGUGGCAUACUGGACACGCUCGCGUGUCUUAUGGUUUCGCAUGCCAUUGAAAACAAGAUAGUCGAGUACCGAGGCGAUAUUUCACAACUUCCACACCCUCCUCCGGAUGCGUGUCUUCCAAGCAUAUUAGCAGCUAUUGCGACCGUCAUAGCAGGGUCUAAUUAUCGAGCGCACCGAUUCAUCCUGGAGCCUCAUAUACGCGACCUAUUCCUCCACUCUGGCACUGAUUCUGCAGAUCAUCGUGCUCUGUUUGGAGCGAGACAUGGUUUCGCAAACCCUCAUCAUAGCCUACUCCCGCCUUUGCACAUCCCUGCGUAUCGCACAGUCACUCACAACCCUUCGUCGAACAACUUUCCGGCCUUGAAGUCCCUUCAAAGCGGAAAACAAAUCAACGGCGCCCAAGACUACACACCCCUCGUCGGCGAUAUAGACCACUCGAAUGCAGUAUGCGGCUGGCUCAUCGUCUUGACUCGUUCCAUGCAAGGCUUGAACAGGCUGAUCGCUCUGCGACUCCUGGCACUGGUGUCAAACGCCAUCGAUGCGGAUCCUGCUGGGCCUUCACAUCGAACUGACGUGACGGAACGGCGAGAAAUGCAAGGUAUUCAGGAGCAUGCGUGCUCUGUCUUGGCUCUUCUGAUUGGAGGAAACAAAGACUUGCAAGUCGCAGCUGUGGAUGCUCAUGCCAUUAAGUAUGUCUGCCCGUUUCUGAAGAAGAGCUUCGACAACGUAACCCUUGCGAAGCCGAUGUGGUCGGCGAAGCCUGGCGCACAAGUCGACCCAAACGCUCCUGCAUCAUGUCAUCUCGGAGCUACCAUCUUGCCUCCUGAGAUAUCCCACUCCAUGCGAUGUCGGAGAGGCGCACUGAAGGCUCUAGAAGCACUUGCCGCAAAAGAAGACGUUCACCGCAGAGCGAUUAUAGAUGCCGGAGUGGUGAGCUGCAUCAUCGACUCGCUCAAACCAUUUUCACCCGACCUCACAGAGAAAUCGAACGGUCGCAUUCAGAUCACCCCGAAAGACGGCAACACAGCACCAGUCGUACUCGCCGCAUGCAGAGCAGCUCAAUCCAUGUCUCGGAGCGUCAGCGUGCUACGUACGUCUUUGAUCGAUGGCGGCAUCACCAAGCCGCUGAUUCAAUUGCUUCAUCACAAAUCCCUCGAAGUUCAGAUUGCCGCCACCGAUGUAUGCUGCAACCUGCUUCCCGACUUCAGUCCCAUGAGAGAUGACCUGUCCGACGGAAAGGUGAUAUCAACUCUGGCAGAGCAUGCUCGAAGCAAUUCGGCGGCAUUGCGGCUCUCAAGUCUGUGGGCUCUUAAGCAUCUAGUAUUCGCAUGCCCUAAAGAAGUCAAGAUGAAGACCCUGGAGGAGCUCGGAACUGGUUGGCUGGUGGGCAUUAUCCAAGGCGAGCACAGAGAAGCGACAUCUGCUCCUGGUGGCGGUGGUGUGAGUGUCGGACUGAGCACACCCAAUGCAGCAGGCGAGCAGGUCGACAUUCUCAACCCGUCAACUAUGGACGUCGAUGAACAACCGUCAUACCCCUCAGAAGCAAUGGACGAAGACGAUGAAGAUGGAGAAGUCAUCUACGACGAAGCUAGCAGCACUCACUACCAAUCUUCGUCGCUGCGGUCAACUCUCGCCGGUGGUUCGCCUGCUUUCAAUCGCCAACGCUAUCUCGCCUCGAUUCGCGAAAUGGAGCAGAACGACGAAUACACGGCUCGAAGAGAUGAGAUCGCCAUCCAACAACAGGCACUCGAUUUCGUUCGAAAUCUCAUCAACGGCGAUGAUUGUGCCGCUCUUUCCGAUCACCUGAUGCUGCAGAUCGGCUCAUCAAAAGUCUACGACCUGCUCAGAGAGAAGCUGUCACCAAUUUCUCGCGCUACGAGCAAUGGUCGUGCAGUCUAUAACCCUACUGAACUGGUGUUGAGCACCAUUCACGUGAUAAUUCACCUCGCGAAUGCAUCGCCAAAGCAUAGGCAGAUGCUGAUUGCGCAAAAGCCGCUGCUACAGGCCAUGCUGCCUCAUUUCAAUCAUCUCGAUCAUCGAGUACGGGUGUUGAGCGUGUGGGCCGUCAAUAGCCUCACGUGGAUUGAGGAGGACGGAGAUCGCAAGGAUGCUAGGCAGAGGUCAUCUGAACUCCGCAACGUAGGCAUAGAGCAAGCUGUCAAAGCGCUUGCCAAUGAUCCCAACCUCGAUGUGAGAGAGCGAGUCAAGACGGCCAUGAGGCAAUUUGAGACCUUAUAG